AUGGUAUUUUAUCGAUGUACUUAUAUCCACAGGAGUGGUAAGAUUUGCAAUCGAGGAUGCUACCAUCCGGAAGAAUGUUUUAUUCAUCGCAAUUCUCCUUCUCAGGUAUUUUGCAAAGAAUGUGGAAAAUUAUCUUAUUCCAGAUAUGGAUAUUGCGAUGAUCAUGCUAGAAAGCACCGUAAAAGGGAACAAUACCAUCAGAAAAGGAUGGUAGACUUAGCUUCGGCAGAGAUACUGGUAGAAGCUAGUGACGCAGACGAUAGGCUCUUUAGGAAUUCUAAGCCGAAGGAAACUUUUCUUGAUGAGCCUAUCGUCUGCGUCACUGGUGCCACUGGUGUCACUGGAGAAAAUCCGAGUGACACUAGUGACACUAAUCAAGAAAGAAAUGAAAUAGCAUAA